UUAACCGUGCAGAAUCGUGUCAUGUCCAGGAUUUGAAUAAAUGCAUUUUUCAGCAAAUAACAACAAUCAGAAAGUAAUAGGCGCUGUUGAUUCGGUUGUCAUCUGAUAUCACUGAAUCAGAAUAUAUAUCAUAUGUUCGUAACUUUAACUCAGAGUCAGAAGACAGUCUCGUACUCGGAACAUUUCUGAAGAAUUCCAUUUAACUGUGAAGGAUGAUAUCUUCACCAUCUUGAAAAUCUUGAGAUAGCAAACAUUACGCAAAUAUUUUAUUCACUGAUUUCAAGCGUAAAAACAUUGACAUCGAUCGCAUCCGCUCAAAAGUUUACUGUCAUUGAUGAUGACAGAAAGUUCUCAAAAUAAAUGGAAAUCGAAGAUCCGGAGGAGAAAAAGAGUUCGGUAGAGUUGAUUAACUCGGAAUCAGACAAUACUGGUAUAAUAAUAGCGAGCACAGUAUCUUGGACACUGGGUUACUUUGUUCUCAGAAGACUGCUACCUGGAAAAACGGCGGAGUAUAGCUGCAGGCUGAUCACUCUCAUGCAUGGAUUAGUUGCUAGUAUGGUCGGGUUGAGCCAAUGUUUCCUCAACGAAAAUCCAUUCGAGCACCCUGAUUGGAUUACAAAUGAUAAACAAAAUUUACUGCUGAUCUUCAGCUUGGGAUAUUUUAUUUUCGAUUUGACAUGGUGUUCUUACAAUAGGACGGAAACUGGUUUGAUGAUUGUACAUCAUAUCUAUUCUAUUUACACUCUGAAAAGUUUACUAUCCAAGGGCUAUUCCGGAGCCCAAGCCUGCUGUAGUAUUGGAUGUAUGGAAAUUACCAAUCCUUUGUUGCAAUUGAGAUGGUUCAUAAGAUCUGAAGGAUACCAUAAAACAAUGACAUUUCUUCUUGUUGAAGUGUUUUUUUUUAUUUUAUUUUUUAUCUUUAGGCUUAUCGUAGGUUCGUAUAUUUUGAUAACAGUUUUUUUCGAAAAAAACGACACCGAUUUCAAAAUAGCAACGGUUUCUCUAUACUUCAUAUCCGUAAUGUUCAUGAUUCAGAUUAUUAAGUAUGCAACACUAAAAUAUACAUCGAAGGGGCAGUGUGCCAUAUCGCAGAUAGAAUUGGCAACUGAAAGAGUGACUUGAACG